GUCUGCCCUGUUGCUGCCUUCUGUGAAAGGAGAAGUUGGAAGAAGGGAUUCUCCAGGAUAUGUGGUUCCCUUCCUGCGGUUCCUCUUCUGUGGAUGGUCACUGUCCACUUCUUCCCCCACAAGAAGCUUCCUGUUGGAGCUUCCUUCCAGGACAGACAGGCACGCCUAGAAGCCAGACCGUUCGGUGGCGGGCCCAGUCCCCGGGGACCCCAGAGAUGCUGCUGCCUUUGCUGCUGCCGCUGCUGUGGGCAGGGUCCCUGCAGGAGAAUCCCGGAUACAAGCUGCAGGUGCAGAAGUCCGUGACGGUGCAGGAGGGCCUGUGUGUCCGCGUUCCCUGCACCGUCUCCUACCCGGGGGUUCGCAGGAGCCCCUCUGCACCUGUUUACGGCUCCUGGUUCCGGAAAACCUACAACUCCAGAGGGGAUGUUCUCAUGGCCACAAACAACCCUGCCAAGGGCGCAAAGAGGAAGAACAGAUUUUCAUUUCACCUCGCCAGAGACCCUGGGGACAGGGACUGCUCCCUGAACAUCACAGACGCCCAGAAGGGAGACAGUGGAAAGUAUUAUUUUCAACUGGACACAGGUUCCAUGAGACACAGUUACCAAAGUGACCUGCUCACUGUGACUGUAAGAGCGCUGACACAGACCCCAGAUAUCCGUAUCGAGGAGCCCCUGGAGUCUGGCUCUCCCAGCCACCUCACAUGCUCUGUGCCCGGGGCCUGUGAUGGGGUGACGCCCCUCACCCUCUCCUGGAUGGGAGCUGCGCUCAGACCUCCGGGACCGGACCUGGAGGCCUAUAACUCCUCGGAGAUCCUGCUCACCCCCCGUCCGCAGGACCACGGCACCAACCUCACCUGUCAUGUGACCUUCCCCAGGGCUGGUGUGAGCACCCAAAGCACCAUUACGCUCAACGUCUCCUAUGCUCCACAGAACUUGACCAUCGGCAUCUCCCGAGGAAAUUGCACAGAACUGAAAUACCCGGGGAAUGGCUCAUCUCUUCCAGUCCUGGAAGGGGAAUCUGUGUUCCUGGUCUGUGUCGCCGACAGCAACCCUCCAGCCACACUGAGCUGGGCCCAGGGGAGCCGGACUCUAAGCCCGUCCCAGCCUUGGAAGCCUGGGGUCCUGGAGCUGCCCCGAGUGGAGUCGGGCCACGAAGGCGAAUUCACCUGCCGAGCUCAGCACGCUCGGGGCUCCCAGCACGUCUCCCUGCGUCUCUCUGUGGUCU